AUUGGUUACAAAAAGACACACACUUUUACGAAGUGACAGCAUAAGCUAAAAUUUCAAAAUAGUUUUUAUUUAUAAAUUAAAACCGAAAAGCUGUGAUAGAAUAUUUCAUGGUAUAUAACAUUAAUAAUUUGGCUACGCAAAUGUCCAACAAAUUUGAAUCAUUGAAACACCAUGUGGAUAAUUCGGACAGCGGUAGCGGCGACGAGGAAUCGGGCCCCAACAUCUCGGAUUUGGGGCCCGUCGAAUAUCCACCCAACGAGCACAGAUUGCAACAUCCCUAUUGUCUUUGGUUUUCGAAAAGACCUUCACAAAUACAGGGUUCACAAGGAUAUAGUCAAGCUUUGAGGUUAGUUGGACAGGUGGGUACGGUAGAACAAUGGUGGGCCUUGUACUCUCACAUGGUUCGAUUGCAAGACAUACCGGCGCACAGAGACAUACAUCUUUUCAAAAAGGGAAUCAAACCCAUGUGGGAAGAUGCGGCUAAUAAAAAAGGUGGAAAAUGGGUAAUACGCUUAAGGAAAGAACAAGCGGGUCGGGCUUGGGAAAACUUGUGUAUGGCCAUGUUAGGGGAACAAUUUAUGGCUGGAAACGAAAUAUGCGGAGUAGUAGUAUCGACUAGGUAUCAAGAGUACCUUCUAAGUAUUUGGAAUAGAACGGCAUCAGAUCAAGCGACAACGGCCAGGAUUAGGGACGCGUUAAAACGACUGUUAAAUUUACCACCAAGUGCCACAAUGGAGUACAAAACACAUAAUGAUUGCCUUAAAUACGGGGCCGCGAAAACAAUACCAAAUAAUUUGUUGAAAAGUUGACCACGCAAGAAAAACUAGAAUAUAACGUCUAUUGUUUAUUUGAAAUGCUAUUUGAAAUUAUGCAUUUGAAAGCAUUAAAAUAAGAACAACUUCUA